AGGCUGGGCGACCACUGUAGCAGCUCCAAGGGCGUCGCUAGUUGGCAUCCCGACAUGCAGGGGAAAGUUCGGUUCUGGACACUAGUUUCUGUUCCCUGAGGGCCCGGAAAGGGUUCGCGCUCCUCAGGAAGUUUCAGCAGGCAUCCUGGAGCCCGGGCCGCGGCUCCCGGGUGACUUUUUGGGUCUCUCGGGUCUCAGAGCUACCCCGCAGGCCUGGCCCAGGCAAUGGGCGCGUGGGCCGGGCUCGCGCUACUGCUGCUCCUCCUCGUGCGGACCCCGACCCCACAGGGGCGACAGCCGCGCUCUCACACUCUACACUACCUCUUUGUAUGUGCCUCAGAACCUGGGCACGGGCUGCCCUUGUUUGAGGCUCUGGGCUAUGUGGAUGAUCAGCUGUUUGUGUCUUACAAUCAUGAGAGUCGCCGUGCUGAGCCCAGGGCUCAAUGGAUUGGGGACAAGACCUCAAGCCGGCUGUGGCUACAGCUCAGUCAGAGCCUAAAAGGGUGGGAACAUAUGUUCAUUGUGGACUUCUGGACUAUCAUGGACAACCACAACCAUAGCAAGGAAUCCCACACCCUGCAGGUGAUCCUUGGCUGCGAGGUGCGGGAGGACAACAGCACCAGGGGUUUCUGGAAGUAUGGGUACGAUGGUCAGGACCACCUUGACUUUCGCCCUGAAAUGCUGGAUUGGAGAGCAGCAGAGCCUGCGGCCCAUGCCACCAAGCUGGAGUGGGAAGAGCACAAGAUUCAGAAUAAGCAGAACAAGGCCUACCUUGAGAGAGACUGCCCUGAGCAGCUGCAGAGGUUCCUGGAGCUGGGGAGAGGGGUUCUGGACCAACCAGUUCCUCCUUUGGUGAAGGUGACUCAUCGUGUGGACCCUGCAAUGACCAUUCUACGGUGUCAGGCUCUGAGCUUCUAUCCUCAGAACAUCACCAUGAGAUGGCUGAAGGACAGGCAGCCACUGGAUGCCAAGGAGGGCGGACAGAAGAGUGUGUUGCCCAAUGGAGAUGGGACCUACCAGGGCUGGGCAGCCUUGGCUGUGUCCUUUGGGGAGGAGCAGCGAUAUAGUUGCCUAGUGGAGCACCCUGGCCUGGAUCAGCCCCUCAUAGUCACCUGGGAGCCUUCGCCAUCUAGUGCCCUGGUCAUUGGAGUCAGCAGUGGCAUCACUGUCUGUGUCAUCAUCUUCUUUACUGGAAUUUUGUUCUGGACCUUAAGGAAAAGGCAGGCUUCAAGUGGAGCCACUCGGGACUAUGUCUUAGCCAGUUAUGACUCGUAGCCUGCAGACCUGUCCUAUGGAGGAGACACAACUAGAAAUUCAGAGGGAGCGUCCUGGCGGAGUUCACCGUAUUUUAGGACAGUAGGACUUAAUAAAUAGAAACAGUCCAAACAACUUUCUACUCUUAGCUUUCCCUGUUCUAAAAAGUCUUCCUCAGUAGCUCUUUGAGUUCCUGUGUGAUUAUGACCUCCAGCACCAACUCUUCAUGGAGAACUGGUUUGCAUAAAUAUCAGACUGUACCCAGAAGCUUCCUUCAUUUCCUUCAUUAUCUCAGGUCCUCUACAUCUAUACUGUCUCAUGCCCAAGCUCUGGAAGAAGGUUUUUGAAAUGUUGGGAGACUUGUGUUUCUUUUUAACAUCUAAGAAAAGCUUUCCCUUGGGACAUGGAUAGUUAUCUUCCUACUAGAAUUUUGUACACACAUCCUGGCAUCCAAGACCCACUCAGCUUUCCCCUAUGAGUCUGCCAUGCAGUUAAUUCCCUAGAUUCCUUUCCUUCACAGCAAGAUCUGGGUCACUGGUGCAGCUGUGAAGGCUGUGCAUUGCUCAAUCUAAAGAGGCACAUUUCCUGGAAAAGAAUAUGUGUUUUUUGAGCUUUGGUGGUUUUACAGCAGAGAAGAAGAAUCUUAAAGGGGAUUUUCCAGUUUGUACAAACAAAGGUAACAUAAAGGCUUUCAGAGAUUAGUGACACCUGAAAUUUUGGUCCCUCCCUAGCAUGCUGGACUUGAAGUACCUUUGCCUAUCUUGUAAGGAAAAUCAUGAAAAACAUAAUUAUAAUGAUACUGUGGCUGACACUUAUUUUUUAUUCUGUUCUGCAUACUGCUUAGAGCAAUUACUGCAUGCAAUUACAAUAUUUUAUGAUGUAGUUACUUAAUCCUCCACCCCUUUCGCAGUGGUGAACCCAUGGCACGCAGCUAGCUAUUUGUUAUUGAAAGCUUUAAAGGGUUUGCCAUCACUAGAGGAAGAAGGUAAAAUAGAAUCUCACAGCUUGCCUAGAAUAGGCAGCUCCCAAACCCAACCAUGCAGCGGUGAGUGAUCCAUGCCAGCACUGAUACAUCCCAGUAUAAAGACACAGAGGGUAAAUGGAGGAGGAGAUGGCUCUUCAGUUGUCUUGUUGCAUCUCUUCUCAGUAAGCUUGAGUCAUAUGAAGGGAAUCGACCAAUCUAUGGACCUCAUCUGCCAUUUUCUUAUCAAGUGGGACCAGUCAAUGACUUCCUUGAUCCUCUGUUACUCUGUCUGCAGCUCUGCCUAAGGACUGGGCAACUAUAUUGGACUUUACAUUGUCCUCCCCUGGCCAGUGUCUGGAGUCAGAAUCUCCUGACAAACUAGCUUGGAUCACACCCAGGAAUUUUCUUGGGGGCUACUGGGAUUCUGUCUUCUCCAGCUGUGGAUAUUUGAAACAAUUUGAACCAGGCCACUUGGGAAUAGCUAAAGUCUGGAAAGGGAUUUAUCCAAACAUCAUCCAAAGAAUAAUAUACACCUCAAUGUCUAUCCACAUGCCACAUGUUUAUGUGGUGCAUGUAUUGGCCAGAUAACUGGGGGGUAGCCGGCUCCAGGGGCCAAAGACAGCUCAAAAAGUUUUGCAUUUCAGCAGAAAUGUCAACUUUCUUAAGUCUUUUUUUUUUUUCUGUUAUAAAAGUUACAUGGAAAAAAAGUAAAACUAAUUUGUACUUGGGGAAAAGUUGUAAAACAAAUAACAUUAAAGCUAUAAUUUCGUUAGCUUUUAUACUCUAUUGACAAUUUGUCUAAUAUUUCUUGGAACCAUGUUGAUGUAUUAAAGUGUAUAAAAUUAACAUAUUUUAAUAAAUGUUCAUUUCUGUACUGCAUGCUUUUACCAAUGUUCUUGUCCCUCUUAUAUACAUAAUUAUAAUGUCAUUUGGGGACACUUACAAUAUUUCUAAUUUUUUUCUUACACUUUGUUUCAUGGAGUGUUUUCACCAAACUGUGUUAGCUGAGUUAAUUGUUUCUCUUCACUAUAGGGACGCUAAUAGCUAAACCAUAAGAAACUGGCUAUUUUAACUCCAAACCAAGCUAGAAGCACAUUGAUGAGUUGUUUCUCUAUAAACAUCAGCCUAUAUCAAAGAUCUUGCCUUAUUCUUCUUCCUCAUGAACAGCUAUGUUCCAGUUUAGUUUGGUUUUAUCACACACAGGCUGAGAUUUUAAGAAACAGUACAGUCUUCACCAUGUCAUUUGGCCUAUUAACUUUUUCUGAAACAGCAAUAAUAAAUUAAUACCUUAAUAAAAGUACAUUUUCUUUCAUUGUA